GGAGCUGGUAACCCAUGGACCUUGCACCUGACCCGAGCGCUCCAGUUCCCAUUUUCUUAGACAAAAACCAUACGAAGCCCCGAAAGAGAUACAUUCAACUCUAUACCAUUCUCAACUCUUGGUACCAGCUUUUCACUGCCAACCUCAACUUUUUACUACUGAGUCACCUUUCAAAAAUCAAGCCUACGUCUGUCUCGGACGUGCGAUCGAAGCUGAUGGGGGCACUGUCACAAAAGAUCGAGCCCAAGGCCUCCGCGCUCUUCUUAUCAUACGAACUCACAAUCUACAAAUUCUGGCGCCAGACUGUCCUCGGCGUUACCGAACUAGAUGAUGACGACCUCCUCCUUCCCACCGCUUUCGAACACAUGGACUUCGAAGAGUGGCGUGCGAAACAGCGCGUCGUGCUUCGUGGGCCUCCAGGUUCGGAAGACAAGUUGCCAGAAACAGCGUUUGCAGGAUUUGUACUGGCGGAGCGUUGCAGACACCCAAUACACCCUGGUGAUCCCCGUUUAGAAAACGAACACAUACAGGAGAACGAAUCAAAUGAAGAAGGUGAAGAGCGAGACAAGAUCACUUGGUGUUCUAUGUGCAUUUUGCAAAUUCACCUUAAGCUUCUAGGAAAGUUAUGGGAUAAGUGGAUGGAGUCUGGCGGUCCUUGGCGUAUCAUACCUCCAGGUGGUACUGGCGAGGACCUUCAGGUUAGAAAACGUGCAUACUACAAGCGGAAGACCGAUUUUGUCAAUGACGUUGACAACUUGGACGACAUAGCGUUCUCGGAAGCCUCAUGGGAGGCCGCACAUCCCACUGUGGACGUUGAAGCUGCACGCUCGUAUAGCGCCAGGGCAGCUAUGGAGGUGUACGCAAAGAGCGUCCAGUUUCCCGGACGCUUAGCGGAAGUCGAUGAGAUCGUUCCCAGAACACCAACUCGAAAGGGUAAAAAGAAGCGCCUGUCUUACUCACCAGACACACCAGAGGAUACUAGACAUCGCUCAAGUGGUCUUUAUGCUCGGAGACACCCCAAUUACGACCCCGAGUCCCCACAUCGCUGUCCUGAAGACAAUGGAUGGGCUGAGACCUCGUUCAACAACGACUGGGAGUACAAUGUACGGCAAUGCCGCCUUUUGUUGUGCGACAAAGAUCCGAUCGAAAAGAACGUCACCUACUGCGAGCUCACCGACGAGAACUCUAAAGAUGUCCUCAUCAAGGGUAUCGAAGAAUGGUUCAGCAUGAUGCAGGAGGAUUGGAAGGCGCCCUGGAUUAACACAUUGCUUACUACAACCGAUUUGUUUGUCGUUUGGAGAAGCUCACCUGACAGUGAGGGGUCUGAUACUGAUUUCGACAGCUGGGACAGGCUCGAGACGCUCGUGGGCACUAAUCUGGAGGCCCAUGCGCGACGAAUCGGCGACCUUACAGAUGCUGAUAUCGAGCCAAUCCAAGGAGAAAACUUGGAAGACUUUUUCGACCAGGACUCUGUCGCAUCUGACUCGAGCUCCGAAACGGAUGACGAAGCACACGAAUUCUCAGAUCCUAUGGAUCUAGCAAGGAAUGAAAAUGAUGAAGUCAUUAACGUCGUUGGGCAACAACACCAACCUGACCACGCGACACCGACAGCCACCGGGAUGGGGAGUUGUCAGCCUGACAAAGUAAGUGAGCGCUAG